GAGGGCUUUGUACACCAGAACCAAACUCUAUAAUUCAGAGAAGAAUUUCCGGGGCAAUUCCAUUGUGAGGUCGGGUUUAUGGUGUGCAAUCCAGCCGGGCAGUAAAAGGUGGCCCGGCUUCCAGCGCGGCUGGGCAGUUUAUGAGGCGUUUAGGGGAACGAUUUGCCCCACCGUACUCCAAGGGAGCGGUGGGCAGCGGGGGCUUCCUAUGGGCCGACACCGGGCAGGGGCUGGAGGCCUGGAAAGGCAGCCGCGGGCUCGGUGGAGCCAGACCACCUGUGAGGGCUGCUGAGAUUGGCGGAGGCGGUCAUGUGGGCGGUCACGUGCUGCGGCGAGCUCCGUCCAAAAGAAAAUGGGGUUUGGUGUAAAUCUGGGGGUGUAAUGUUAUCAUAUAUCACGCUACCUCGUAAAACCGACACUGAAAGCUGCCGGACAACAAAUCACAGGUCAAAAUUAUGAGUUCUUCGUAUUAUGUGAACGCGCUUUUUAGCAAAUAUACGGCGGGGGCUUCUCUGUUCCAAAAUGCCGAGCCGACUUCUUGCUCCUUUGCGCCCAACUCGCAGAGAAGCGGCUACGGGGCGGGCGCCGGUGCCUUCGCCUCGACCGUACCGGGCUUGUACAAUGUCAACAGCCCCCUGUACCAGAGCCCCUUCGCGUCCGGCUACGGCCUGGGUACCGACGCCUACGGCAACCUGCCCUGCGCCUCCUACGACCAAAACAUCCCGGGGCUCUGCGGGGACCUCGCCAAAGGCGCCUGCGACAAGGCGGACGAGGGCGCGCUGCACGGCCCGGCCGAGGCCAAUUUCCGCAUCUACCCCUGGAUGCGGUCUUCAGGACCCGACAGGAAGCGGGGCCGCCAGACCUACACGCGCUACCAGACGCUGGAGCUGGAGAAGGAGUUCCACUUCAACCGCUACCUGACACGGCGGCGGCGCAUCGAGAUCGCCCAUGCGCUCUGCCUCACCGAGCGCCAGAUCAAGAUCUGGUUCCAGAACCGCCGCAUGAAGUGGAAGAAAGAGCACAAGGACGAGGGGCAGGCGGCCGCCUCAGCCCCCGAGGGCGCUGCGCCUGCCGCCGCUGCCGCCGCCGCCGCUGCCGCCGACAAGGCUGAAGACGAGGACGACGAUGAAGAUGAAGAGGAGGAAGAGGAGGAAGAAUGAGGGGCAGGGCCCAGCUGGGGGCCCUGGCUGCAGUGGACAGUCGGAAAAGCGUCUUUAAGAGACUCACUGGUUUUAUUUACAAAAUGGGGAAAACAAUAAAAUGAUUAAAAAAAAAAAAACCAAACCCCAGUCCCCAAACCGCACCCCAUCCACCCCAUCACCCACUCAAGUUCCCACUUUUUCUGGACUGAGCGGCACGGAGACUGGGUCACCUUGGGGGAUCCCCUCUGCUUGGAGGACCCGGACAAAUUUCCCCCUACCCCAGGCCAGCCACUCGGUACUGGCACAGCCAAAAUACUACCUAGCACAGGCCUCUUCUUGGGGCCUCCCCAGACUACCUAUGGGCCCAGCCCCACUGGGCCUCCGCCUCCAGGAAGCCCAGCAUGUCCCAACACUGGCAGACCCCCAGCACCAUCUCCCAUAUGCGUCCGCGCAAGAACCUGACUCUGUACUACCUACUCACCCAAACUACCUAUGUAGUGCUGGCUGGCUUGCCUGCUACCUAUCACGGGCCCCGCCCAGGCCAAAGGCCCCCACUGCUUCCAGCAGGCAGCCCUUUGGGUCCCUCAGGUGUCAUCGAGAAGGCACUGGGGGCCAGGGACCAGGGCAUUGGCUUCUAUUUAAAUUGAAAAAAUAAUAUAUUUAUUCCAAAGCAUUCGAAGUGCUGCAACCCAGAACCCUUCCUUCUCUGGCUUGGGCACCCCCAAGUGUUCAGGUCCAACACCCCCACUCUGGAGGGGAGCAUUCCUGUGCUAGCCUCUGCCUAGUAGGGCUCUGGAGUUGCUCCCAGCCUGGCCAUCCACUCCCUGGGCCCCUGUGUCCUGUUCAGCCAUUUCAAUUAUGUAUACCCUGACUUUUCCUACAAUGGAAAAUACUGUAUAUUUGAACUUUUUUUUUUUUUUUUUUUUUGUCAUUUCUAUAGUCUUGGAGCUCAUUUGUAAGGCAGUGUCUUGACUCUGGCUGGAUAUGUUUAUGGGUGACUUUGUAGCAUGGUGUGUUGUCUUGAGCUAACUCUGUAGUGGGCAGGGAGGUCCCGUGCCUUUCCCAGUGCCCUUCAUCUCCUGUGUUACCCUGUGUCCCCUUCAGCCCCAGCCUGGGGAGCACGGAAGGCACAUUUGCCAGCCCAGCUAACCAUGUUUUAUGUAACAGAAAAAUAAAGAUGCUUGGUGACAAAGAAA